CGCUACAGGCGCCCCUCCGGUUUCAGUUCGCCAGUCCUACGUUCUUUGGGUGCUACAUGUUACUCUGGGUAGCCUCCAGAAAAAUUCGUAACUUUGGAAGUAACUCUUUAGGCGCUUUACUUUACGGUUUUAACAAUUCAAGCGGACGCUGGAAUUCAAAUCGAAACCGAAACCAAAACCUUUGAACUCUGAAACUUCCAUAAAGUUCUAUAUCGGAUGGUAAGCGCCUUAGGUACGUUUCCAACUUAGUUGUCUUCUGCUUCCAGAAAAAUUAUGGAUAGGUUUAAUGUUAUGUUGCUGCAAAUAUCCGACCGACUUGGAAGUGAUAGCAUUUCGAGACUAAAAUUUUUGUGUAAAGACAAAAUUGGGAAGAAAAAAACCGAAGACAUCACAAGAGGGAUCGAGCUGUUUGAGUACUUGAUGGAGAGGGCAGAAAUUGGGCCUGGCGACACGGUAUUUCUACGCCAACUUCUCAUCGACAUCGGUCAGCAGACUGUGGCAGAAAUAAUCGAUAACUAUGAAAGAGAAGCGAGCAUCGCCAAGCUGCCAGAUGAAACGGAGCAAGUGAAAAUCAGCUGCGCCACGGACGUAUUAGUUGAUCAGCUGGGAAAGAAGUGGAUGCAGUAUGGACGAAAGCUUGGCAUCAGCGACAGCAAGCUUGAAGGCAUACAGGAGAAGCAUCCUCGCAACCUGGAGGAGCAGGUUAGAGAGCUGCUCCGAGAGUGGAAGAAGACGCGCAAAGCUGAGGCCAGGGUGGACGACCUGCUCAAAGCACUGCGCGCAUGCAGCCAGAACUACACUGCCGAUCUUGUGGAGAAAAAACUCCAGAAUCUCUGUAUGCAGUGAAAGUUUCGGCGACGUUUGACCUCCGGCAACUUUCCCCGAGCGUCUGGUUGUACCUAGAAGCUGAUGUAUUGGGUUGCUUUGGCCAAUUGUUCAGCAAAAUGCAAGGCACUUUAACUUUGGGAUAUGUUAAAAGCGUUAUUAAAAUGGCUUACUGCGGGACUUAAGUGUGUGGGUUGCUUUACUCAGGUACUUUGGGGUUGGGGGAAAUCUCAGUGUAUUUAAAUAUGCAUAAUGUGAAUCGAUUCUGUUUACAAAAAUACUUGUUUACUUUUUGUAUUAUACAUUUAAAAGAUUUUAAAAGUAUAUAAACAGUAUAUGCAAUAAUAAAUAGAAGAGCUCCUUUAAAUCUGAAGCAUUGAGCUUUUCAUUGGAAAUUGUAAUUGAUUGGGAGACCCACAUCCCUGAAACAAUUUACUCUUGUACAAUAUAUAAUAAAGGAAUAAAGUGAUUGUUUUAUGUC